GGCAGCAAUAUGGUGUUAAUUAUUUUGACAUUUCCAGUCCGGUUUAGCCCAUCUAGAGUUUAAAACUUCCCAGCAGCCAUGGAACCAAUGGACGCCUCCG